CGGUGCUCCAGUGGCUAGCCCGCUCAGCUGAUUGGAAGCAGUCGAAAUUGGUCGAAAGUUCGUUUGUAGUUGUGAUGGGGCGAAUAAUUUUCGAGCGCGUUGCCGGGCUCUUUGCGAAGCGGAGGUUACUCGUCGUCCCCAUAUUUAACAUCAGUCGGUUCCUUUCAGUGGGCGACACAGCAAGCAUGGAGCGCACUUUCACGCGGGCGGAUGUCGAGCAAUUCGCUGCUCUCACGGGAGACUGCAACCCCAUCCACCUGGACAUAGCUUACGCGCAGAGCAAAAAUUUGCCGGCAUGCGUCGUUCACGGGGCUCUCAUUAACGGUUUGGUAUCAGCCGUUAUUGGAACAAAGCUUCCAGGCCCUGGCUGUGUUGUUGUCCAUCAAGUGCUCGAGUUUCCCAAGCCACUUCUUGUAGGAGAGCCAGUCCGCGCGCACGUAGAAGUGACAUCCGUCCGAAAGUCCAUUGUCCAGUGCACCUAUCAGUGCAAGGCGGGACCUGAAAAAGUGGUCAUGUCUGGCGAAGUCAAACUCUUCAUCCGGCCUGAAAGUCCAGCUUAGUAAACAAGCAAAUGGGUGUGCCAAGCCCCUCCACGAGGACUCGGAAACGC